GUACAUCAUCUGGCACCUCUUCCCAUUAAUUGAAGGCCUGCCGCGCUUCAACGCGGGCGAUGUUUGGUCAUUUCACUGUUUGUUUUGUUUACUAUGUUCGAUGCGAUGCCCGACUAUCGAAAGCUGCGAGCAGGGGCGUAGCAAAGCUGAUCAUCUCUAAUAAAUUACCCGCAACAGGUCGGCCAGCAACGAUCAUACUAAAAUUACAAUAAAAUAUUAUAUUAAGAAUAAUACCAGAUUAGCAUAAAAUACUAACUCUUUAUACCAAUGUAAUAUGGAAAAGAUUUGAAGAAAGAGAGUUGGUAACAUUGUUGAAUAGAAAAUCUCUUGGAAUAAACGCACAAUUUUCACAGAUGACGGCUAAGCAAUGUUUUGAACAAAACCAGUGGGUUCGCGAAGUUGCAAAUUUACUCCUGCUCCCUGAGCAAACAUAGGAUAUAUAAUGACGUACAAUUAUUAAUUGUUGAACGGUGCGGCCCGCUCGAACGCACGACUGCUCCAGGAGAUGGCCUCCAAUGUCCGCAGCAAACUGGGAACGUACGGCGUCCAUCACCAGGUUGAGUUCGUCUUCAUUUCGCCCCGGUCGCCUCAUUUUGGGGGCCUAUGGGAGGCCGCCGUCAAAUCCGACAAACACCUUCUUUUGAGGGCCGUCGGAAAGCCUUGCUGAAGGAGGACGAAGUCCAGACGAUCCUGGUUGAAGUGGAAGCAGUGCUUAACUCGCGUCCGCUAGUAGCUGACAGCAGCAACCCCAACGACGGAGAGGCAAUUACUCCAGCCCAUUUUCUGGUAGGCACUACGCUCGCUGCUUUACCCCCAGGAUCGGCACCUCCUUAUCCGGACACCAUCUACAACGCUGGCAGCCUAUAUCAGGCAUCAAACGACGGUUUUGGCGAGACUGGUCCCGUGACUAUAUAUCGGGGCCGCAGCAAAGAGUUAAUUGGACAAAGGAAUCGGAAUGGAAUACCAGGAACCAUCGUCGUCACCAAAGAGGAUAAUUUACCGCCCCAGAAGUGGCUGCUCGGCAGAGUCACGUAAGUAACGCAAGGAUCGGAUGACAAGGUGCGCGUUGCUCUAGUACAAACCAAGCAAGGCGUAAACAAGCGAUCAGUACAUCAUCUGGCACCUCUUCCCAUUAAUUGAAGGCCUGCCGCGCUUCAACGCGGGCGAUGUUUGGUCAUUUCACUGUUUGUUUUGUUUACUAUGUUCGAUGCGAUGCCCGACUAUCGAAAGCUGCGAGCAGGGGCGUAGCAAAGCUGAUCAUCUCUAAUAAAUUACCCGCAACAGGACGGCCAGCAACGAUCAUACUUAAAUUACAAUAAAAUACUAUAUUAAGAAUAAUACCAGAUUAGCAUAAAAUAUAACUCUUCAUACCAAUGUAAUACGGAAAAGAUUUGAAGAAAGAGAGUUGGUAACAUUGUUGAAUAGAAAAUCUCUUGGAAUAAACGCACAAUUUACACAGA